GCCCUCUGUAUAUCUGGUCUGUCAGUCUCUAUCUGCAGGUGUGUCACAGCUGUUUCCGCCGACAGUCGAACCCUCACCGCUGCGCUCAGUGCAAAUUCGCCCACUACUGUGAUCGCACGUGCCAGCGCGCCGCCUGGGAUGAACACAAGCAGGAAUGCUCUGCCAUCAAAAAGAUAGGAAAGGCGCCCAAUGAGACUGUGCGUCUUGCCGCUCGCAUCCUUUGGCGCAUUCAGAAGGACACUGGUCUGGUCUCGGACAAUCAACUCACCACUUUGGACCUACUGGAGGACCAUCUGUCCAAGAUGUCCCCCGAGGACCUGAAAGAUCUCAAAGUUGAUGUGCAGAACUUCUUUGGUUACUGGCCUAAAAAGUGCAAGCCCAUCGGAGAGGACUAUGUGUCACAUAUGUUUGGUGUGAUAAACUGCAAUGGCUUCACUCUGAGUGACCAGAGGGGUCUUCAGGCAGUGGGAGUGGGUCUCUUUCCUAACCUCUGUUUGGUGAAUCAUGACUGCUGGCCCAACUGCACCGUCAUUCUCAAUCAUGGCAAUCAGACAGCUCUGGACGCCACGUUUCACACCAAGAGAAGGAUCGAGCUGCGGGCUUUGGGGAAGAUCGCGGAGGGUGAAGAGUUGACCAUCAGCUAUGUGGACUUCCUGAAUGUGUCUAAAGAUCGACAGCGUUUGUUAAAGCAGCAGUAUUACUUUGACUGCAAGUGUGAACACUGUACCAACAGCUUUAAAGACGAUCUGAUGACAGCCGUCAAAGAGACUGAUGGGCAAAAGGUGUCUGCUGAUGUGCUGAAGGAAGUCACAGACUUCAGUGUUCAGGCUUUGAUUAAAAUUGAACAGGCUCGAACUCAAGGAAACUUUCAUGAGGUGAUUCAAAUCUGUGAGGAGUGUUUGGAGAAACAGGACUCUGUGUUUGGUGGCACAAACCUGCAUCUGCUGCGCAUCCUGAGCACCGCCAGUGAAGUCCUGUCCUUCCUGCAGCAGUUUCAAAAAGCAGCGGGAUAUGCUCACAGAAUGGUGGAGGGAUACAUGAAGCUGUAUCACCCCAAUAACGCCCUGCUGGGCAUGGCCAUCAUGAGAGCUGGCGUCACACACUGGCAUGCAGGUUUAAUCGAGGCUGCUCAUGGUCUGAUAUGUAGAGCGUAUGCCAUCCUGAUGGUCACACACGGACCACAUCACACUAUCACCAAAGACCUGGAGGCGAUGCGGACGCAGACAGAGAUGGAGCUGCGCAUGUUUAAACAGAACGAGUACGUUUAUCACAACAUGAGGGAGGCCAUGCUCACCAAUAAACCCAUGACAGUUGCUGGUGAGCACGUGCAAAUCAAAGCCGCCUCAUAGACCUUCACAUUUCACAUGCAUUACAGUAAUCUUAUAUCUUUAUUAACAUCAAACAUGAAAUGAUGUUCCUGAAUCUGCCUGAUUUCACUACCUGUAAUAAAAGCAUUUCCAACAGAUCA